UGUGUGUGUGUGUGUGUGUGUGUGUGUUUGAUCUGAGGUGUAUAUUAGUUUCUGCUCAGCACUGCUCUCCAGCAUUCACUCUGGAGUCACCAUGGCGACCACAAUGCUGGGACUUCUGGGAGUUUUUCUCUUUAUUUUUACCACAAACACACAACUACAAGUGUCGGCCGACUUCAACAUCAGCAAGGUGGAAGGAAAGUGGUACCAGACAGGUGUAGCCACCAACGCCAAGUGGUUCACAGACAGUAAAUGGAUGAAGAAGGUGUCUGUCGCUAUCCUGACUCCCACUGCUAACGGAGACGUGAACAUGAACGGCUCAGUGAUCCUGACUGAGAACAGUAAAGACACAUCCUGUCUGAGGUUUAAUCUUUUUCUGAAGAAAACCAAAACCACAGGAAAAUUUAUCCUCUACAACACCCGUUUCCAGACUAGGAAUGAUUUGUACGUUUUGGAUGUGAAGUAUGAUGAAUACAUAAUCGUCCAGAACAGAUGGAACAUAAAGGAAGGAGUCGUCUUCAUAAACAAGCUCUUAACCCGUACGCCAGUGGUCAAUCCAUUAAUUAAGCAGAAGUUCAUGCAGAUUUCCAAAUCAAACAAAAACACUGCAGAGAAGAUCGUCAUCCUCCCGAUGAAGGGUGAAUGUGUUUGAGGAUGGGACACUGACCCCUGUUGCAGUCUUCACUUUAGCUUCACAGAUAAAUUACAGUUAGCCUCCUGAUGACCGUUUCACCUCCUCUUCUCUACAGAGGGACUUUAAACAUGUCUACAGCUUCAAACAAUAAAGAAAUGAUUACUGCUGUCUGUGGGUUGUGGCUUUUAUUUUUAGUCU